CAGGAACACUGACACACAAGUCCAUGGUCUGUCAGAAAAGGUUGUGGGUGUUUUGGGAGGAGGGCAACUUGGUCGUAUGUUGUGCGAAGCAGCUUCCCAAAUGGCAAUGAAGAUAAUUGUUCUGGAUCCAAUGGAGAACUGUCCAGCAAGUGCCCUAUGUCAUUAUCAUAUGGUGGGCAGCUAUGAUGACAGUGCAACAGUAGAAGAGUUUGCUAAAAGAUGUGGAGUAUUAACUGUCGAAAUUGAGCAUGUUGAUGCUGCCACUCUUGAGAAACUUGAGCAACAAGGGGUAGAUUGCCAACCUAAAGCCUCAACAAUCCGGAUUAUCCAGGAUAAAUACCUUCAGAAGGUUCAUUUUUCUCGACAUGCAAUUCCACUCCCUGAAUUCAUGCAGGUGAUCUUAUAUCGAAAAAGAUAUGAAUUUUGAGAACAAAGCUUAUAU